UAGUAGCCCUGUCUAACUUCCAAGUUCUGUCGUUUAAGAUAUUAAAAGUUCAAUUUCAAUUCAACACAAAUCUUAAGGUUUCUUAAUUAUUAUAGUUAUAACUGUUCUGAAAGUGGACCUCAAACCAACAGGUUAUGGGCCCAUGGUAGGCUAUGGUAACUAACUAUACUAAAUUGAGAUUAAGGUAGAUCUGUGUUGGUAAGAAAUGGGAACACCAGUAGUAUUGUUUGUGCUGAAACCUUUUGAUGGUAAGAACUUCUGUAAUUGCUGGCUAUUUAGGCUGGAGUUGAUACUGGAACAGCAUAAGGUUUUUAUUUAUUUAUUUAUUCAUAUCAGGAUACACCAUUUACAAAAUGCUAUGUAGAUGUUUUGAAUGCUGUAAUAUUCCAUAGAUGAAGAAAACUAGGCUGGCAUUGCAUGGAACAGGACGUACAAGCCAGAGGUCUAAUUGUACAACACCUCACAGAUGAAAUCAUGUCGACUGUGAAGAAUCAAAGAACGGCAAAGAAAAUGAUAGAAGUUCUCAAAAAGACAUAUGGAAUGACGGGGCUAGAGGAACUGGCGAUACGAAUCAAGCAGGAACUGAGUAGGCCUAACCUGAAGUAUCGUGGUGAGGGAAGUGAGUUGAACCAUUUUUACAAGGAAGAGGAGCUUAUAAACCGACUGGUGGUUGUGCUGUGUAAUGCCGUAACAAAGAAGAAAUGCAAUCUUCUGUCUGAGGCAUGGAUUAUAACCGCUCACAGUGAUGAGCACACUUUGGAACUACUUGACCCACCCCCAGGGUGUGAAGAGGGGGAACAAGUAACUGUGAAGGGUUUCCCAACCAUCCCUGACAUCCGAGAUGUUGCCUACCCUCGACUGUCCAUGACCAUGAGGAUCAUGCAGGAGGUGAGAGUCAGUGAGGCGAAGGUCGCAGAAUACCGGAGAGUCCCUCUCAAGGUGGAGGGUCGUGACCUCAUCACCACCCAGACAUUGGCUGACUGUAUGGUCACCGACUCCUUCAUCAAGUUCAAGUUCAAGUACUGAAUCACAACUAGCUUCUGUUUUCAAUUUGUUAGUUGGUCAAUAAUUACUUUUUCAAUGCUUUAAGUGCUGAGUGGAGUUUUCAGCAGGAUUUCCUUUAGGUGUGAAUGGGUGUUUGUAAUUCAAUUGUACAAUCACUUUCCAAAUCCUUCUUGCUGUGUAAUACAAGUUUGAGCUGCUGGAGCCUUUUCAUUGAUUUAUUUAUAUCUUUUUAAAUCAUGUUUUUUCUCCUAAUCUUAUGGGACUGGUUUUCAAAGUACUGUAGCAUACAUCAAACAUACAUCCUCCCGGCCCUGCCUGUUGGGUUGGACAAAUGUAUGUCACCACACAUAACUUCAACACUUUUACCAAUUCAACCAGUUUAAAAUUAGUGUCUUUAAUUGUUCAGUGUAAAAAUCUAAUAAACCUUUAAAAAUCAAGUACUUUUUAUGCGAUUAAAUCACAAUCAUUCCUGCCUAUAGUUUGCUUUUAAUAUCCAAAUAUUGAGCCAAAAAAUAUUUGGUGACAAUACACUGCUUCUAAUAUCAAAAUAAUUAUAUAAUUACUAACUUUUGACAGGGUGGGGAAAUUCACAUUAAGCACUGUCAAUAUUACAAAAAAAUUAAAUCCGUUAGAAAUUUACUGGAGAAUGGAGUAACAAGAACACCUUUUAUCAGUUGUACUGUAAUCAAAAUUAACAGUGUUGAAAUCGUAUCUGAAAUCGGGA